AGUGCAAUAAUUGUGUCACUUUAUGAAAGGCAAAAAUACGUAGUUGAUAUUUAUAAAUGACCUAACGCCAGAACAAAAGGAAAUGAUACAACCGUACAAAGACGCAUGUUUCGCUGAAUUAAAAAUAGAUCAAGCUACUAUUGACACGGCACAAAAGCAAUACUUUGAAGAAGGUAAAACAGAAUUUGGCGAAGAAAUAAGCUGUUUUUCUGCUUGCAUGUUUAAGCAACUCGGAUUCAUGACGGAAGAAGGUAAGUUCGAUGAAGAUAUGGUUCGUGCUUUAACUGCUGAUCAAUUUUCUGAAAGCGUACUCGACAAAGCUAUCAAUACGUGCAAGAACGAAGUUGGAAAAAAUGAUUGCGAAACUGCAGGAAAGCUAUUUUCUUGCUUCUUAAAACAAGGGAUCGCUGUGAAUGCGUAAUGAAUUACGUAAUGAAUAAUAUGCAGAGUAUAACGCUGUAUUUAGUGAUAUUUAACUCGCAGUAGUUGUAUUAAAAUUGAUAUUAAUAAAAAAGUGGACUAAUAUAAAUUCGUUGAAUAGUAACUUAUUUUUAUCAAUCUAAUCAAUGAAUAGAAAAAUAAUUGAUCUGAAUUCUAUCUUACUUUAAUAUAAAACAAGUCUCAGUUUUAUAAUUAGCAACGGUUAAUCAAACGAUCAAUCCGGUAUUGUAAUAAGUGCAAUAAUAACGAG